UUAUAAGUUUGAACAAGCUCACAAAAGCAACAAAGUGAACAGUUGUUAGUAUUAGCUCUAAAAUUCUAUUUCCUUGUGAAAACCGGUCAUUCGUUAAAGGCGACUUUAUCCUUAAGAAAUUCAAUCCAGCAAUUAAGUGUUAAAUGAAAGCUCUCAGGAAUGAGGCUUUUUUUCUCCCCUCAGUGGGAUGCAACAGUAGAGAACUCCAGUUUUUCUGGAAGAUAUCUUACUGUGUUAAGACUGUAAUAAUUUCUACACUACAUACAAUAAGUUGUGAAUUGCAAAAAGGUCAGUGGGAAGUACUCUUCAGAAGAUUCUAAUUUGGAAGGCGACAAAGUGAUUUCCUUUUAUUAUAGAAUGUAUACCAAAUAUAAGAAGAUGUUAAGUGCCAUUAAGUGGGAUGUUAACCUUUGAUGAGAUUUUUUUCCAAAAUAAAUUUGUUGUCACUUUAGGUACUUUUGGAAAAUAUUGGUCCUGGAGCUUCUCAUGUAUCGUAGAGUGAGGUCCUUUGGUUUCUAAUGGACACAGUCUGGAGCAUCCUGAGCCUUUAAAUUCUCCUCUUCUCAUGCACUCAGUUAUUCCUGGAGUGUAGUCUGGUGCCUGCUCAGCGUUGAAAGCAGAGGUCCAUGGGAAUUGAGAAGGGGUUUUCCUCCAGCUUCACAACUUUUGGUCUAGCAUGUACUUAGGUUCUCAUGCGGUGCUCCUCCCCUUCCCAAGCCCUUCCAAAGCAUUUGAGUGGCUUAGAAUGAAGCAUUGACAAGCUUUAGAUCUCCCAAAAUAAUGCUUGAGUCUUUGGGGUCAUACAUUAUAGCUGAUUUAUGCUGGCUUUGAAGACAUGCCCAACGACAUGGGAGGUGUCAGAUUCUCCCCUCGCCGGUGAUGACCAUGCUAUUUCUGUGCUGCCCAAAGGUCAACCCAAAGUGUCGAGUAUAUCUGUAGAAAUAUGGGGUGUCCUUUCUGCACAGGAACAUUUCGCUUUGUCAGCAAAAAAAGGCUAACAAACUUUACUAUAUAUUUGUGCUUCUUGACAGAUAAGAUGGGAAUUACUAAGCUGUAAUCAGGCCUAAAGUGGCCUGAUUUAAUACAGAGACUUUCUCACUUCUCCAUCACAAUUAUUUGGGUAGCUUCGGCGUGCAGCAUACUUUGCAGUUCCUGACCCCUUAAUGCCUGACCCUUCUAAGCAACCAAAGAAUCAGCUUAACCCUAUUGGUUCAUUACAGGAGUUGGCUAUUCAUCAUGGCUGGAGACUUCCUGAAUAUACUCUUUCCCAAGAGGGAGGACCUGCGCAUAAGAGAGAAUAUACCACAAUUUGUAGGCUAGAGUCAUUUAUGGAAACUGGAAAGGGGGCAUCAAAAAAGCAAGCCAAGAGAAACGCUGCUGAGAAAUUUCUUGCCAAAUUCAGUAAUAUUUCUCCAGAGAACCACAUUUCUUUAACAAACGUAGUAGGCCAUUCUUUAGGAUGUACUUGGCAUUCGUUGAGGAAUUCUCCUGGUGAAAAGAUCAACUUACUGAAAAGGAGCCUCCUCAGUAUUCCAAAUACAGAUUACAUCCAGCUGCUUAGUGAAAUCGCCAAGGAACAAGGUUUUAAUAUAACAUAUUUGGAUAUAGAAGAACUGAGCGCCAACGGACAGUAUCAGUGUCUCGCCGAACUCUCCACCAGCCCCAUUACAGUCUGUCAUGGCUCUGGGAUCUCCUGUGGCAACGCGCAGAGCGACGCCGCUCACAAUGCCCUACAGUAUUUAAAGAUAAUAGCAGAAAGAAAGUGAGCCUGGAGCAACUCCCGGAGCCCUCAGUAGCACAGAAGAACUCCCCCUGCGCCCCUCACCAAGUAAAAUGUUUACUACAUUUGAGUUUGUGUGUUGUUUCUAAAUCCCUACCUAGAUUCCAUCAACACUCCAGAAUUAACGACCUCCUCGUAGUUCUUAAACUCUUUUUAAUGGCUUCAACUUUGUACUGGUAUAUUGUAUUUAUAAACUUUGUACCAUAGGCAGAAUGUAGCACCCAUGUUACAAUGCCACAUCCAUACAGGGAAGAAACUGCAUGUUGCUGAUGAUGAGGAUGAUGAAGACAGCGAAGAAACGAAACUACUGCUAGCAACAGUCGUUCUUAAUGGUGCUUAACCUCUUCUUUGCGCAAGGCUUUGUACAGGGAAUUCGAGGGAAGCCCCUUAGAGUUUGGAGGAAUGCGCUGACAGGCGUUCAUUGAAUGUCACUGUUGAAUUUCAGGGAACAUGAUUGGUCUGCUGUGUAUUUGAAUCCGUGUAAUAAAGAGCUGUUGUAAUA